UGUGAUCGAGAAAGAUUCUUUGAGGAUUCGCAGUAUCGUAGCGAUACGUUGAUCGGUUUAGCGAUGACGACUGAUGAACAAGUUUUAUCAGAUUGCUUGAUUGUGGCUGGAAAAUAUCGUAUUGAUGAAUGGAACAUUUGUGAGUCCACUCUCGAAUACGUUCUGACAGAUCCUGAGUAUGCUCUGCAGCAGAUUGCAGAGAUUAUCCGAGAUGUACAGUUUGCGAAGCUUUUGAGUGGACAUCCGGACGUUGUAGUGCCAAUAAUGAUGCCACAUUUGCAUGGUGAAAAUGACGCAGAGCAUCUUGCGGACACUCUAAGGAAACUACCUAACGGCAGUGAAAUAUGUGAACAGCUAUGCCGAUCAAUGCUAAAAUCCUCACGAGAUAUUAAGAGUGGACAGCGUUGUCGGAUGAUUUGUAGAUUGUUGAAUGAUGAUAUUGAUGGCGUCAUUGAUAUGUUAGGAACAUUGCCGCUGUCGGAUGAAGAAAAAUAUCUGGACGAAGUAUUGAGUGGAUGGAAUGCUGACUCUAAGUGGAAUGGUCUGAAGAGCGCUUUGGCGUCGAGAUUGGAAGUGAUAAAGUGUGAUCGAAGUUCUCGUGAGACGACCCCAAUGAGUAGUUCGUUUGAUUUACAGUCGUCUGGAUCUGGGUCAUUCUCAACAAUUGUACAUCGGAGAACGACAAAACGAUAA